GAAGUGUUCGUGGUUCGACUCGUGAUGUUAAGGUAGUUUGAGUGAAGACAGGUAUACUAUAUUUAUAAACAGUUUAGUAAGAUGAAGAUUGAUAGAAGAACGAGGGUGUAAAUUCAUUUUAUCAACAAACACAUUUCUUUACAAUAGAUGUUUCUUGGAUUCCAGCAAGGUGUUAUGACGUCUCCUAUUAAUUAAUGUAGCUGAGUAUACUAAAGACUAAUGGUAUACGAAGUGGACUUAAAACUCCAGGAACGAACGAACGAACAGCAUUAACAAAUGGAUGCUUUAUGCAAAUUUUAUUUCGAGCGUGAACGUUUUACUAUUGGAAAGACGUGAAGUGUAUAAGUUAUAUGAACAUUAUCAGAUUUAAGUUAUGUGAACAUGAUACUUGCAAUUAUAUAGAACCAACUAUUGUGAUCAACUUCGAAGUGGACAUCCACCUUGCCACUCUUGAACACCAUAUUUGUUACUGUUGGAAUAUCUCGAAUAUUAUUAUUUCGAACAAUUGAAAUUAUGUGAACAUUCUACGUGAACAAUUAUAACUAAUGGACCAAAGUGAACUAUUGUGACUACUUAAAUAGCCAAAUUGGGAUAAGCUGGAUGUAUUUGUUAUUGGUGUUACAAGAUUGAAAGCGAUUUAGUGUUCUUCGUCUCUGAAGUAAGAUGUGUGUGUAACGGAAUCAAAAUAAACUGAUGUGAACUUUGUGGCUUGGUUGAAGGAUGUAUUGAUGUAAUGGGUUAACAUCUAUUUCACGAUUUGGCGUGUAAAUUUCUGGAGAAAUACGACAAUAAAUACGACUUAUUACUAUAUUAAAAGUCUUGAGUUCACGGGUCAUUGAACUGAUUUAUGAACAUCCGUAAUACAUUACGAAACGCGUUUCAAUUGUUCAGGGAAAACUUGCCUUGUUUUGCAUUAUACUUAUAGUUUGGGUCAUCAGUUUACCAUCUGAUGUAUUUUAUGUGCAGCGACUCGUGCGAAAACUGUUUUUAUUUACAACCCGUUGACAGAUAUGUUUUCUGAAUUGGAAGCAGACGAGAGGGAUAAUUGUUUCAGAAGUACGAGCUGUGGUUUUCUCGUUUAUCGUGGAUAUAUAUUUAGCUGUUUUACUUACCCUGAAAUCUGAUCUGUUAUCAUUGGCGUAUCCCAUGCUUCCACUAAGUAGGAUAUCACAGUAAAUAUAUUUUUAAUAACAACUGUUUAAUACGACGACUGAUCAUGGAUAUUGACGAAGAACCGGAAGUAAGGCCGAAGAAAUGUAAAUAUGAUUUUGUCUUCGACCCGGAGGCAUACCUUCCUCUCCUAGAAGCUAAAACAAUACCAGAAUUACGCCUAGCGAUAAGGAAUGCUAUCUCCUCAAUUGUAUCUCAGCUGGACCAUGUUGUUGUGUACCUUAAAAAUCCUACUACAGGUAUUGUAGAAGCUGAUGGUGGAAAAACCAUACCAUCAGAUGGAUUACUAUGGCAUGUUUUUCAUCAGGAAAAUGUUAGUGUAACAGAAUGUCCAUCGACUCUGUUAGAUCCGUUAUCAGAUUGUUUAGGAUUAUCUGACGAAGAACAAGAAAACCAUUCUGUGAUAUGUAUACCAGUACCAGGUAAAAGUGAAGAAGGAAGUAUUGGAAUAAUUGCUGCCAGUUUUGAAAAUGGAAUCUCUGUUAAUGUCCAUGAUUCUAGAUUUGAAUAUCUCAAAAAACAGACAUCAGUUUGUUACCAGUUGAUUAAAAGUUCAACCAAUAUUAGAAGAAAAAGUGUUUGUGAAUCCGACUCCCAUAUUGAAUCUCUAAUAGGACUUUGUGGUGAAUUAUAUGAUCAAGAUGCUGCCUCAUUACAGAUUAAAGUUAUUAAAUAUUUGCAACAACGAACGCAGGCACAGAGUGCAUUUUUAUUACUGGUUGUCCCAGACACACAGGAAUUAUUCUGUCAGGUUGUGGGAAGUAAAGUCUUACAGGAAGAAUUCCGAUUUCCGGGACAAACAAGUUGUUUUGCUCCUGCUUUAGAGAGGAAAAAACCUAUUAACUUGGAUGACCUUCCAAAGGAUAAGAGACAAGAGUUGCAUGAUAUUGCUGGUACUAAUAUUAACUCAUUUCUUUGUGUUCCUGUUCGGCGGAAAGGUGGCGAAGAUCUUAUUGCACUGGCAUGUGUUCUAAACAAAAAAGGUGCAGAUAGAUUUUGUGGUGAUGAUGCACAAGCUAUAAGGAAAUGUUUUCAGUAUACAGCCACCGUAUUGACCAGUACUUUGGCAUUCCAAAACGAAAGAAAAUUAAAAAAUCAGACUCAGGCUUUAUUGCAUGUUGCAAGAAAGUUAUUUACACGCUUAGAUGAUUUAACCAAAUUGUUAAGAGAAAUUAUGCAAGAGGCCAGAAAUCUGACUCAAGCUGAAAGAUGUUCUGUGUUCUUAAUUGAUGAAGAUGAACUAGUAGCUAAAGUUUUUGAUGGCAUCAGUGCUGGAGAACAGCAGAUUGAACAAGAAAUUAUUUUACCCAAAACCCAAGGAAUAGCAGGUCAUGUUGCUACUUCAGGUCAGUUAUUGAAUAUAAAAGAUGCAUAUUCCCACCCCUUGUUUUAUAGAGGUAUAGAUGAUUCUACAGGGUUUAGAACUAGAAAUAUUUUGUGUUUUCCAAUUAAAAAUGAAGAUGAAAUGGUGUUGGGUGUGGCUCAGUUAUGUAAUAAGAAAACAGGACCAUGUUUUACACAGUUUGAUGAAGAUAUUGCUUCAGCUUUUGCUGUUUAUUGUUGUAUUAGUAUCAGUCAUUCUCUGAUGUAUCAAAAGAUGAUCGAUGCUCAGUCCAGAAACAGUUUAAUUAACGAAUUAAUGAUGUAUCAUAUGAAGGUAACAGAUGAGGAAGUUACAUAUCUAGAUGUAGAUAUUAAGUCAGUCUACGAUAUUCAUCCAGAUUUUGAUCAGUUCAGCUACGCACCUAGAACUUUAGCAGAAGAAGAAACACCAGGAGCAUGUAUGAGUAUGUUUGAAGAUUUAGGGUUCAUAUCGAAAUGGAGAAUAAAGAAAGAUUGUCUUAUUAGAUUUGUGUUAAUGGUGAAAAGAGGGUAUAGAAAUCCACCAUAUCACAACUGGAUGCAUGCUUAUUCUGUAGCUCAUUUCUGUUAUUUGUUAAUUAAAAACCUGAAAUUAGAGGAAAUAGUAGGUGAUAUUCAGGUGUUUGCGUUAUUUGUUUCGUGUUUAUGUCAUGAUAUAGAUCAUCGAGGUACAACCAAUUCCUUCCAGGUCGAAUCACAAUCAGUUCUAGCAGCUUUAUACAGUUCAGAAGGCUCAGUAAUGGAGCGUCAUCAUUUUGCUCAGAGUAUGUGUAUUUUAAAUACAGAGGGUUGCAAUAUCUUCGAAAAUCUUUCCAGUAUGCAUUAUACCCAGGUGUUAGAUUUAAUGAGAGAAAUUAUUUUAGCUACAGAUCUAGCUCAUCACUUGAGAAUACUCAAAUCCCUUAAAGAAAUAGCUAACAAUGGUUAUAAUACAGAGAGUAGUAGAGAUGUAAAAUUAUUGUUAUGUUUAUCAAUGACAUCCUGUGAUUUAUCUGAUCAAACCAAGAACUGGAAAAACACCAAACAUAUAGCUAGUUUAGUGUACCAAGAGUUCUUCUCGCAGGGGGAUUUAGAGAAAGCGUUGGGUCAGAAUCCAUUAGAGAUGAUGGAUCGUGAUAGAGCUUGUAUACCCGACUUGCAGAUUAGUUUUCUAGAUAAUAUAGCACUACCAGUAUACGAGGUGUUGGCUAAAACAUUCCCACGUUUACAAGAAGUCUUACAAAAUGUGUUAGAAAAUAGAAGUAGAUGGGAAAAGAUUGGUCAGGUGUUAAAAUUACGACGUGGUAAUAGCUCCCAACAACUAACUGUAGAGCAAAUAAUUGCUCUGGAUUCAGAUUCGGAGGAAUUUGAAGCUUUGAAACAAGCUAAUGCUGUGAAUGGACGUUAAAUUUCUUUCUUAGAUAUUUGUGUUUAAAAAAAACAAGGUCUGUGUCUAGUUUAGAUUAAAAUGCUGAUAUAAUUCCUUUCUAAUUUCAGCCGUGCCUUUGCUAUGCAGGAAAUCUUGCAAAACUCUUUUUGUGUUUAGGCAGACUUUUUUCACAUUUUGUUGAUUUAAUUUUACCACAGGUUUUUUUAAAUGAAUUUAUUGCAAUAUUUUGCAGCUAUUGAUAAAGAUUGUAAUAUUUGAUAAUAUAACAAUAUGAAUGCUUGCGCCUUAAAUAAAAAUUAAUGUAAGCAAUGAUGAUAUGAAAGAAUAUUAAUUUAAGCCUAUAGUCAAUGUAAACCUAUGUAUAUAUAUAUGACAGCACACUUCACACCAUAUACAUGUGCUCUAAACCCCAUUCACCAAAUAAAACAUUCAUGUUGUAUUAUACUUCUCUACAAGCCACUAAUUAUCUCGAAGAUGCAUUUUGUAAGUGCUAAAUCUGUUUAUUGGAGGUAUUUCUUUUGGCCUCAAAUGCUAUAUAAACCAUUAUUUGGACAUUUAUUCACAUGACAAGCCCAUGAUCAACACUCUAGACCAUCGGUUCCUUGUCAGCCACAUAUACCACUGAAGAUCAAGGGCUAUGGAAAAUGGAUCUGACCCGUCAGUCAUUUUUCACACCGGAAAAAUAGCAGUCUAGACUAUUAGAUUGUCAUGAUUUUUAAUGGAUUGAAAAACGAUCAUCAUUUAGUGAUUUGAUUUAACAAGCGGUGAAACAAGAGAACAAACUAAACAACUGAUUUUUCUUACAAUGAGGGGCCAUAGUCCAAGAUGUUACAGUCUGACCUGCGACAAUAUCAAAAGGAACCAAGAUCUUUGGAAUAUAAACAUAUAUUUUAAGUUUCAUAAACAGUGAAUAAAAAAUGUUACCUCUAGGGGCUAAAAAUGUGAUUUUUCGUACAUUCAGGGGUCAUAAUCCAUGAAGUUACGGUCCGAUAUUCGUGAAUAUCGAAAGGAACCAAACUCUUUGGUGUAUUAUAAACAUAUAUUUUAAAUUUUAUCAAAGUCGGAUAAAAAUUGUGACCUCUACUCUAGAGGGUCCAUAACCUUAGUAUUACAUACUUUUACACUAUUUGCAUACAAGGAGCAGCCAUUUUGUCAGGUAAUUUCCAUCUGAUUAUCACAGAAUUCAAAAUCAACCACCAUCAAGGUGUGAUGGUGAUAUAUUUGAACGGUUUUUAAAAUCAGAUAAAAAUUGUAACCAUUAUGUUACGGUCCGAUAUGUACCAAUAUCAAAAAGAACCGAGAUCUUUCUGUUGUAAACAUACAUUUUAAGUUUCAUCAAAAUCAGAUAAAACAAGCUGAAAACAUGAAAUUUCGUACUAUCAGGGGCCAUAAUCCAUGAAGUUACAGUCCGAUACAUGCCAAUAAAAAAGGAGAUAAUGAUAAAGAUGUGGGCAUAUUAAAAUGGAUAAUCGAGACUUUGCUUAUUAUCGUCACAAUGGUAGCAAUGAAAAUUAUAAUUUCGCUCAGAAUAGAGUAAUUUGACUGAAAUUUUCAAUAUAUUCCUUUUUGCAUUAUCUAUUUUUAAACUAUUAUAGUGAGAACUGUCAGCUCUUUAUCUAAAUCUUACAUAAUGUAUCUUGAACUAAAAUGAGGAGUUCUAUUAAAGUGCUGUCCUGUACAAGACCUGAGCACAAAUUCUUUUUCGAACAAAAAAAUAGUUUAAAUAUCAUAGUUUAUGUAUAAAUUCCAUUAUUACAUUUAGGAAAGUUCAUAUUACAAAAGAUUUUAAUACCAGAAAUAUCAUAUUAUGACAAGUUUUCAAAUAGUAAUGAAUAUUACCGGUAAUAUAAAGUAUCACAUUUGCAUUGAUUUGGAUGCUUUUCAUGAAAUCAAAUAAAGAAAUGUAUAAAUUAAUUUAAAUUAUUUGCCUCUUUCCUUGCAUAGCUUUCAUUUAAACUUAAACUUGUUUCCAUGACUAUAUUAUUUAGUUUGGGGAUGGCGAUAAUUUGUGAUCUUGCUGUAGAUGAUAUGUGAUGUCCCUGUAGAUUUUAAUAGUGGCUGACUGGCUGGGAUACAUACAAAACCUCCCUUUAGUGUCAAAUAUUUGUUGUAUUGUGUUCCUGCAUAAACUCAUCUACACCAUUGUACAUUUAGAAAGAGAGUAAGAACUUAGUUGGAUUCAUAUAGUUAAUUAUGAUUCUUUUACAUAAGAUAUCUCAUUUAUUUCAUGUCUAAUAAUUUGUUUAUAAUUAUUAAUUGUUAAUAUGAUAGUAUUGUUAAUUAGUUAUAAUCACAUAUAUACAUUAUAAAUAGUAUACAUAUUUGUUUUUAAAUCUGUUAUUAAUAGAUCUUUUCAUUCUUUUACUUUAUCAUUUUUGAUGUGUAUUCUUCAAUCUCUAUAUGUAUCAUUAUAAAAAAAAAACAAAUGAGGAACUCAUUAGCAAAACAAGAUAAUCACCAUUUCAAAACCAUUGUUGUAUGCCUUAUCUUACUGAAGCAAAAUAGUAUUUUAUUGAGUCCAAGAAAGACAAAUUCAAAAUUGUCUUACAAGUAAUAUUACUAUACUGUUUUCAGAGAAAAUUGAUGGAUUUACCUUGUUUUGCUACUAAAUUCUUGAAUGUAGAAUUAGAAUAAAGAAUGUUUGUUCUUUAUAAAAGGAUGUACAAUUCACAAUAACCAUAUCGGUCUCUGUAUACCUGGGCAUUAAAUUGCAGUAUAUCCUGAAAUUGAAAGUAGAGCUAAUAUGCUUUUAAAUUUGUGCAUUUGUCGGAAGUUGCUUUUAUUUGCUCAUUAUAGUAUUUUGAAGACUAUAACUACUGCACAAAUUUAUUUCAUUAGACUAUUAUGUGAUAUACGUUCAUGUCAUCAUUUAUAGAUUAAUAAUAUAUCAGAGCUAUAUUAGUACAUUAAGAAGUAUUAAAUUUCUGUGUUUGUUAUUAACUUAUCAUGUACUAACCAUUUGAAAUAUUAACAUUGUUACUUUUUUUUCUUUCUUUACAAUACGUUUCUCGAAAUAAAAAUUGAAAGACUA